GUUGGGUUAAACUACAACUUUAUUAUCCUGUAUCAACACAAUGUCUCUGUUAGGGAAAUUGGAGGCUGACAUUGAAAUCAAGGCUCCAGCUUCAAAGUUUUAUGAAAUAUUCUGCAACAGACCACACCAUAUAUCCAAUAUUUCGGGAGACAAAGUACAAGGUUGUAAGUUAGUCGAGGGUGAAUGGGGAAAAGUUGGGUCCACCGUCAAUUGGAACUACUAUCAUGAUGGAGAAGCUAAGGUUGCAAAGCAUCUAAUCGAAGCAGUUGAUGAGGAGAAGCAUACGAUCACUUUCAAAGUGCUACAGUCUGACCUUCUAAAGCAUUACAAGACCUUCAAGUUUACAUUUCGAGUUACUCCAAAGGGUAUUGGAAGCGUGGUUCACUGUGCUUUAGAAUACGAGAAAUUGCAUGGAAAUGUUCCAGAUGCACAUUCCAUGCUUCGCUUAUGCGUUGCUCUCUGCAAAGACCUCGAGGCUCACCUUAUGGAAGCUUAACUGAUGACAUGUAAUAAGUAUUGCCUUGUACUAUGCUAUGCUAUGCUACGCGUUAUUAAAAUAAAUGCUUGUAAGCAUGUGUUCUCCUCAUGCAUGGCCUAAGUUGUCAUGCAUUGGAGAAUUUAUCGUUGUAAAAUAUUCUGAAUGUAAACCUACUCGUAAGUUAUGGA